AUGACCAAGUUCUCUCUCGACGACCUCGACAGGCACAUUGAGAACCUCCGCACGCAAUUGCAAUUCUUGAACGAAGGCCUCGAUGCGACAGACCACAAUGCGCCCGACUGGUUGGCUACCGAUCUGCUGUCGCUGCGCAACAAGUCAGGCAGGCUGCAGGACGACAUGAAACGAUUCCGGGACCAGCUUGAGAGCGAGGGCCUGGUGACUAAAAAGGCUAAGAAUGCAAACAAGCGGCUCAGCAUAGAGGGCGUACAGCUGCCAGACCCUCCGGAGCCCUCAACGAAGAAGGCCAGGCUGAGUAUACCGGGCCCAGCAGAAUCGACCGAAGUUCGUCCUGCCGACGAGGAUCCUACACCGCAGACGAAUCCAGCACAGGUCGGAUCGACAUAUGUCGUACAACACAUUGAUGUCACAGAGGAGGUCAACAGGAGACUACAGGAGAGUCGACUGCGCCGAUUGAUGGAGACACCGAGCACCGCGCAAAAGAGGAAACGUGAUGAUGAUGAAGACACACGCAUGGAAAGCGGUACGGAAACAGAAGUGACACCGCGGACUGGUUACGAUGGUAACGACGAUGAUCCUACGCCGACGAAACGUCUGAGGACUAGCGGUACCUUUGAGCGAGUCGGCAAGAGAACGUUAGACGGAAACGAGGGUCAAAAUGGGACAGGGAACAGCUACAAGAGGCGAAAGUACUCGUGGAAAUCGAGUUGA